AUGUACGACCUCACCAGCCGCGACCUCGCCCUGCUCUGGGCGCCGCCGCUCGUCUACGUGCUUGCGUACGUGCCGCUCUGCCGCGCCCUCGUCCGGCACAAGCGGAUCGCCGCCGCGGUGCUCUCGUGCCGCUCUGCGCACAACGUGCUCAUGGCAGUCUACUCGGCCGCCGCGCUGGCUGGCUCAAUCUGGGAGCUCAGCGCACGACCGCUGACGCCGUACGGGCUGCUCUGCCAGCCAGUGACGCCGGCGCCGCUCCUCGUCAAGACGUGGUACGCCUCCAAGUUUGUGGAGUGGGUCGACACGGCGCUGCUGCUCGCCGCGGGCAAGUCGCUCUCCGCGCUGCACUACAACCACCACCUGACAACGGCGACGGUGGUUGCGUCGCACUUUGUCGGCCGCGACGUGCGCACCUCCAUCUUCGACGUGCCGCUCUUCCUCAACGCGCUCGUGCACACGCUCAUGUACGGCUACUACUGGCGGCCGGCGCUGCUGCGGCCCAUCAAGCGGCUGCUCACGCGCAUGCAGAUCGUGCAGCACAUGACGGUGCUGCUCGCGGUGGUGUACACCACCACCACCCGCCUCUACGGCGGCGCGGAGUGCGACAUCAGCGUGCGCGCCAACGGCCUCUCCCUCUGCCUGUACGGGAUGUACCUCGCCCAGUUCCUGCUCUUCUACGGCCGCGCGUACGGCGGCGGGGAAGGCAAGGCGCGCACGCGGCGCGCCGACUAG